AUGUACAACAAUAGCGUUUCAAUUAACGUGUCCGACGAUUCCUCCGACGAGCUCCCCGGUAAGUUAAGAACUCGUGUACGAAGGAAGCGGAAGAGAUUUGAGCAUCGAGGGAAAACCGGGUUUACUCGGAAAUUUGUGAAACAAUUGCUGCGGUGGGGGCCGAUUUUGCUCCUCCUUGCUGCCGGUUGGCUAUUCUUUUUUGAAUUCUACAAGUUAAGUUGGAGAACAAACUCACCUCCCAAGAAGGAUCCCAAACUCGUUACUGAGAAGAAGCCGCCAGCAAACUUGAAUCGUCUUGAUCCCGUCACUAAAGUUGUCCAUGGCGUCAGAGAACCUUGCUUGAAGCUUUUGCCUCCUGAAGAGCUUGAGCAUCUUGUUCCUCCUAAGCAGAGAGUGCCGCACGAUCCAAUUAAAGAAGUGGUCUAUAUUACAGACACUGAUUCACGUUACCUAGAAGGGAAUCUUACGUCUGAGAAAGCCUUGGAGGCUACAAGAUUUAAUUUGUUCACAGGUUACCAAACUCUAAAGCAAAGAGAUUUGAGUUUCGAGGUGAAUGAAACAUCAGAAGUCCACUGUGGCUUCUGUAGUGAGAAGGGGGGUUUUAAGAUUUCAGACGAAGACAAGUUGUACAUGCGUGAUUGUGAAGCCGUGGUGUCUACCUGUGCAUUUGGUGGUGGGGAUGAUCUUUACCAGCCUAUUGGGAUGUCAGAGCAGUCACUUCAGAAGGUAUGCUAUGUUGCAUUUUGGGAUGAAGUUACUCUUGCUUCACAGGAGGCACAGGGAGUUAAAGUGGGUGAAGACCAUUUUAUUGGGAAAUGGCGGAUCAUAAUAGUUAAAGAUUUACCUUUUCGAGACCAAAGGUUAAAUGGUAAAAUCCCAAAGAUGCUUCCCCACCGUCUCUUUCCAAAUUCCAGAUACUCUAUCUGGGUAGACUCAAAGUCUCAAUUUCGGAGGGACCCUUUGGGAGUAUUGGAGGCCUUACUUUGGCGAACAGGAUCGGUACUUGCAAUUUCAGAACAUGGUGCCCGAAGCAGUGUCUAUGAUGAGGCAAAGGCUGUUGUCAAAAAAAAUAAAGCGACACCUGAAGAGGUAGAAGUACAGUUGACACAGUACCGCAAGGAUGGCCUGCCAGAAGAUAAGAGGUUCAACGGGAAGAAAGCUCUGGCCGAGGCUUCAAUAAUCGUGAGGGAGCACACCCCAUCAACUAAUCUCUUCAUGUGUAUUUGGUUUAAUGAGGUGGUUCGGUUCACUUCACGCGAUCAGCUAAGCUUUCCAUAUGUUCUCUGGCGAUUUAAAGCUUUGAAGGAUGUCAAUCUGUUCCCUGUCUGCACCCGCAAAGAUCUUGUUAAUAGCAUGGUUUCUCUAGCUAUAAUCACAGUGACGCUCCUGUCCUUGUUCUCUCCCGUGCCUCAUCAAAAAGAAAGUUCAAGGCUGUCCUUGGCAUUGUCUUUCUACAUCCAACAACCUAAAACCGGCGGCUCAACUUCGCACAGGGUGGCACCAUCUGAUGCCGGAGCCCUGAUCUUCCAUCGGACGCUCACAGAAGGACCCGAGAACACUUCCCAGGUCGUAGGAAAAGCUGAAGGUUUCAUCAUCCCAAUCGACCAUUUCGCACAUUCGGCAUUCAACAUAAUUUACCUGACGUUCCACACUCAGAAACAUUCCGGCAGCCUUAGCAUCCAGGCCAAGGAUUUUGCCCAGAAUCAGAAAAGUGAACUAACUGUUGUCGGUGGAACGGGUUCUUUCGCUUUUGUUCGUGGAUUUGCAGUUUUUGCUCAGGCUGACAACAACCCGGGAUCAUCAUCUUCAUCCUCUAGCUCAGAUGCAACUUAUCAUAUAAAACUGCACCUUAGAUUUCCAAAUCGAUCCCAAACAAUACCACCUGGAUAA